AUGGCAUUGAUAAGAAAUGAUUCUUCACCCUCUGUUAAAUCCGAACUUGAUUUAUUUCUCGUGCCUCCCACUCAGACUGCUAUAGAAAAAGGUCAAUGGUCGGAGUAUUAUCCCAUAUCAAGUAUCCGUGACGAUCUCCCUAUAGAAUUUAAUAUAUCCGGAAGUUCAGAGGAAUAUUUUGACUUGAGUGCUACCCAGCUCUACGUUAAAGUAAAAGUUUUGAAAGAUAAUGCUCCUUUACCCGAAAAUACUAAAAUUUCUACAUGCAAUUUAUUUUUUCAUUCACUUUUCUCUCAAAUAGAUGUGAUGCUGAACGAUCGUACCAUAUCGUCCUCUAAUAAUACGUAUGCGUAUAGAUCUUACAUUGAAAGCUUAUUAAACUACGGCUCUGAUUAUAAGAAAAGUUUUCUAACCUCCGAAUGUUUUUACAAAGAUACUGCUGGACAUCUAGAUGAAAAUGAUCCCUUUAAAGAGAAUGAAGGGUUGAAAAAGCGUUCUUCAAUGAUUGCAAAAGGAAAAGUGUUAGAAAUGAUCGGAAGUUUACAUUGCGAUAUUUUUUAUCAAGACCGCUUAUUAUUAAAUAUGGUGGACUUGAAACUAAAGCUCGUUAGAAAUAAACCAGAAUUUUGUCUUAUAUCACCCGAAAAAGGAAAUUAUCAAAUAGUGAUUGAACAUGCGUCUUUAUUCGUACGCAAAGUUAAGGUGAGCCCAGGAGUCUUGUUAGGACAUGCAAAAGCCUUAGAGAAAACAUCAGCAAAAUAUCCUCUCGAUAGAGUAUUAUGCAAAAUGUAUUCUAUCCCCACUGGAUCGUUCUCCUUUUCUCAGGAUAAUGUUUUCUUAGGUCCACUUCCAAAACGAUUGAUUUUAACGUGCAUAGAUAAUGAUGCCUUCAACGGUACUUAUACCACUAAUCCUUUUAAUUUUAAACAUAAUCAUGUGAAUUUCGUUGGUGUGUAUGUGGAUGGUAAUCCAGUGUGCUACAAACCUCUAACUCCAAAUUACGAGGAUGGGCAAUAUAUUCGCUCUUACAACAGUUUGCUAUUAGGAACUGAGAAAUUAGCAAGUAGCAAAGGAAUUUACAUAAAUCGUGACGAAUUUUCUAAGGGGUAUACACUGUACGCUUUUGAUUUAACUCCUGAUUUGUGUGAUGGAAGUUAUCUCAAUUUAAUUCGUCAAGGAAAUUUAAGAAUUGAGCUCAAAUUCGCCAAACCUCUACCUAAAACAAUUUCGAUGCUGGUUUAUGCGGAAUUCCAAAACGUAAUCGAGAUUACGAAAUCUAGAAGCGUUUUGUGUGAUUUUUCAGUAUGA